AUGGCUCAACUCCUGAACAGUAUACUCACCGUGAUUAAGGUAUUCCAGAAAUAUGCUAAAGAGGAUGGGGACUGUGCCUUACUGUGCAAGAAGGAGUUGAAGCAGCUGCUCUUGACUGAGUUUGGAGACAUCCUCCGGAGACCAGAUGACCCAGAGACUGUGGAAACUAUCUUGAGGCUCCUGGAUAAAGACAGAAAUGGACGUGUUGAUUUUCGAGAAUAUCUCUUGUUGGUGUUCCAGUUGGCCCAAGCUUGCUAUCAUAAACUGGAAAAUGAGUCACCUGGAGAUAGAACUUCUCAGAAAGAAGGACAGCAGGAGGGGACACAAGACGGCAAGUUUCCAGGAAAUGCAGGCAGACAACACAGGCAGAGGCAUGAAGGAGAAAGGCAGGACUUUCACCACAGUCAAUCUGAGGGACAAAACCAGGACAUCCAUCACGAUCAAACUGAGAGACAAAAUAGGGAUUCCCACUACGGUCAGUCUGAGAGACAGGAUCAGGAAUCCCACCAUGGUCAGUCUGAAACAACAGAUACCUUCUUUGAUCAUUUUGAGAGGCAGGGUCAGGACUCCAGCUCUGAUCAAAGACUGAGUCAUAAAUCUAGCAGUGGCCAGCCUGAAAGACAAGGAUAUACCUUUGCCCUAAAUCUGUGUGAGAAACAAGUUCAGCAAGAACUAGAUUCUCAAUAUGGCCAGACACACAGACAAGGCCAGAGUUCACACUAUGGUCAGACAGACAAACAAGGCCAGAGUUCCCACUGUGGUCAGACAGACAGACAAGACCAAAGUUCCCACCAUGGUCACACUGAAAGACAAGGCCAGAGUUCCCACUGUGGUCAGACAGACAGACAAGGCCAGAGUUCCCACCAUGGUCACACAGACAGACAAGGCCAGAGUUACCACUGUGGUCAGACAGACAGACAAGGCCAGAGUUCCCACCAUGGUCACACAGACAAACAAGGCCAGAGUACCCACCAUGGUCACACUGACAGACAAGGCCAGAGUUCCCACCAUGGUCACACUGACAGACAAGGCCAGAGUUCUCACUGUGGUCAGACAGACAGACAAGGCCAGAGUACCCACCAUGGUCACACUGACAGACAAGACCAGAGCUCUCACUGUGGUCAGAGAGACAGACAAGGCCAGAGUACCCACCAUGGUCACACUGACAGACAAGACCAGAGUUCUCACUGUGGUCAGACAGACAGACAAGGCCAGAGUUCCCACCAUGGUCACACAGACAGACAAGGCCAGAGUACCCACCAUGGUCACACAGACAGACAAGGCCAGAGUACCCACCAUGGUCACACUGACAGACAAGGCCAGAGUUCCCACCAUGGUCACACUGACAGACAAGGCCAGAGUACCCACCAUGGUCACAAUGACAGACAAGGCCAGAGUUCCCACCAUGGUCACACUGACAGACAAGGCCAGAGUUCUCACUGUGGUCAGACAGACAGACAAGGCCAGAGUACCCACCAUGGUCACACUGACAGACAAGGCCAGAGUUCUCACUGUGGUCAGACAGACAAACAAGGCCAAAGUACCCACCAUGGUCACACUGACAGACAAGGCCAGAGUUCCCACCAUGAUCACACCAACAGACAAGACCAAAGUUCCCACCAUGGUCACACAGACAGACAAGGCCAGAGUUAUCAUGAUGUUCAGACAGACAGACAACACUCAAGUUAUCAUUAUGGCCAGACAGACAGACAAGGCCAGAGCUCUCAAUAUAGUCAGUCAGAGACUGGGGAGACUGGACAGAAUAGGUGCUUCCAAGGAAGUGAGGGAACAAGCAGAGGUUCAUAUGUUGAGCAAUCAGGAAGGUCAGGGAGACCAACUCAACAGACUCAAGGACAGAAUGUGAGCCGAGAUCAGGGACAGAGAUCUCAAUCUAGGAUAGGGCACAAGAACAGCCACCAGGUAUGGGAGCCUGAAAAAGAUAGGCAACACCACGAACACAAACUUGUAGCACAAAUCCAGCAAGAAAGGCCACACUGCCACAAAGAGAGUGAUGGGAAAUUGUGCAGUAGUGAGCAAGGCCACAGCCAGGCCCAGACUGGGGAGAGUUGUGGUGAGGAACAGAGCCCCCAGGCAGAGGAAGAACAGGGCCACCAAAUCCAGGGUAGACAUGGUUGUAAGAGUCAGAAAACUCCAUGUGAGAAAGAGGACAGGCAAACCCAUGAAGAUAAGCAAAACCAUCAAAGACAAAACAGGAAAACCCAUGAAGAGGAUCAAAAUGGCCAGCAACAACAGAAUAGGCAAACCCAUAAUAAGAAAGAGAGAUAUCAAGGGUCCCAGGAUCAACAAUCUCAUGGGACCCAGCAAGGCUGUAACAGAGAAAAAUUUCUCAUAAAUAAGGAUGUCCAGAGCCAAGGCUCCCAGGGAAGACACAAGGGCAUAGCCUUCUAUCCUACCCAGAGCAGUGGGAGGCCCCAAAGAAGAGAACAGGGUGAAAGUCACCCUACCAAGACAGCUCUUGCUCCCAACCCCCUCUAUGACUAUCUGCAAGAGCAGAGAGCUCAUCAGCACUAG